ACCUGCACAAAUGGGGAAACGGAGGCACGCUUUGCUGGGGACAGCAAUGACAGCAGCAGAAUGAGCAGCCCACUUAAAAAGAGAACUCGAACCGCCUGCUCCACCUCUCCUCCGUUUGAUCCCGUCUGUCCAGUCCACGAAGGGCCCGCAGCCCCCAUCCCACCACUGCUGCCAGACCCCCGUCCCCGCCCCUCCGCCUCCUCCCGCCCUCCGUGCCGUUCUCUGGCCGCAGGAGCUGGCCGUGCCGUCCCCGGAGACCCCGCCGGAACGCGCUGCCGCCCCAACGACGGUCAGUGCCGGUCCUGCUGCUGCCCUCCCCGGUUGUGUCUCCUGGGUUGCCGUCCCAGCUUUGCCGCUGAUUCAGGUCUCAUCCAUCCCCGGCAAUGUUACCUCUCCGUGUCACAGCGCCUUUGUCCCUGCCAACCCUGAGCAGCAAAUGUGGGAGAGGAACCGCAUUGCCCCUGGUCUCCUUAUUCUUUCUGUUCACAGUCUCUCUCUCAUUCUCUGAUAGCGAAGACUGUUCAGAACCAAAUGAAACUCGAGGGCAUCGCCGUAAACUCGUUCACAAAAUGGUCGGGUGUCAAACGGUUGCAAAAUGCUUCCAAGGGACAACAGUGAGGGUUCCUGCUGGCUUCCUGGGAAGAUGCUGAACCGGGACUGGGAGUAUCCCACUCCAGCAGAGGUGCUCUCAGUCAUUCCUUGAGAGUGUGUGUGUAUUGCUUACAGACAAACAUACCUCAGAAGGGGCAGUGCUGCUGUCACUGUGGGCUGUUGCUAUCGCUGUCCUGCCUGCAGGCAGCGCUGCACACAGAGAGGGAGCUUCAGAACUAACGGAGUAGAGAUAAAUGUUCAUUUCUCUGCUCCAUCAGUGAGUGCCCUGAUAGCUACUAAGCCACCACUUUACGUUCCCCGUGACUCAGCUCCCAUCUGUAAAGGGAAACAAAGCACUGCUGGGCUUUAUACAGACAGGUCAUGAGUUGUGGGCAACCAGGGAGAACCCUAAAGCUGUGGGAAAGACACACAGCCAGGCACUUAGCAGCCUGCCACCACCUCCUGCUAGGCACCAUGCUCCUGGUCACUCGCUGUCCCUGGGAAGAGCAUUCCCUGAAUUCCUGUUCUUACAGGCUCAAGAAUUGUGCUUGAAGCUGAGUGGUAAAUUAUAACCGAAGUGGCUCCCUGACAGUCAGAAACAAUUUUUGCCAAGUGAAGCAUGAACUGCUCGCGUGCACAUCAAGGGAUGUCAGAUGUGGGCUGUAACCAGGCUCUGUGACGUGCCGGCACGCUGAAGUGAUCCCACAGCAGAUCACACCGGUGAGGGGAUGUCUGCAAGGCUGCCUUCUUUGAUUUGCUGAGAGGCGUGGAGGUAUUCCCUGUCUUUUUGUUCUCUUUAGAUCAGCCUUUGAAGAGUCUGUGGCUUAUCUGCCUUGCAAGAGAGAGCGAAAGAAGGGCAUCUGGUGAUGAGCAGGAUGGUGGGGGGGGUACAGCAGUCACCCUAGCAGGCAGCACAGGCACUGUCUGUGUGGAUGUUAAUACUAAGCUGGUUUCUGGACGAGCUGUCAGAUGUUAGAAAGUCUUUGCCAACGCCUUUCUCAGACCUACAGAAGGACCUCAGUGCCACAGCCUUGCACAGGGUAUAGCGUAGAGCACAGCCUAAGCCAGUGCAAUCAAAUAGCAGUAGGAAUAAAACACCCAUAACAGCCUGAGCUGCUCUCUGCUGCAUGCAGGGAAGCUCUCUGGUCCCAAGAGUGUUAGAUAACAACAGCCCCAGUCCCUCAGCCAUACACUGGGACCAGACUCCCUGGCAGGUCUGGGGGAGCUCCCCUGCUUCCCAUACAUUCAUACAGUGUGGGGUGUUCAGUUCAUCCAUGGCUGCAUGGUGGACUUUUGGUUGUACUGAGAACCAACACUGCCAUUUUAAUUGGUUUUGUUCGCACACCAAGGCAGAGCUGAGAUCAUGUCUACCAAAGAUGAAUAGCUUGCACCUCAGUGCUGGUCAGCCCACCUUUCUGGAGGAGUCAGUUCAUCCCACUGCCAUACAUGCAGCACAAAUAAGCCAUUCCACAUCUUUGAACAUCGAGGUUUCUAUGAAGUAGAAGAGGCUAAGCCAGAGAUCAAGUUUCUGUGCUGCGCCUGCCACAAGGCAAAUUCACAUUCAGACAGCCCUGAGGACCCCUCUGCUUCAGGAUGGGUAAGUGUCCAAGGGAGAGAUCUACAUGUCUAGAAAUGAAGGGCAGUGAGCUGGGUCCCAGAGAGAAGGGGUAACUGCAUGCGCUUCCUCCCCUGAUGGAGGAGGGGCUGUCACUCCAGGAGGGGCAUUUGACUCGUACCAGCUGCUGGGCAGUGUACAGGAGGCCAAAGACUGCAUCCCAUGCUUUGUAGCUUUUAUGCACCUUUAACACUUCCUUCAUUGCAGCAGCGGUUGUGGUGAACAGGGCUUGCAGUGAGUCCAGGCAGCUGACAUCCCCAAAUCUGCUCUGAUACCUGGAACACCUGCGGACCUUCGCUCUUAUGCCUCUUGCAGCGCUUCUGGUUCAGGCACCUGCACUGCCCGUGCUCCCAGGCCAAUUCCCAAACCUGAAGCUGAAUACACGAGCUAGAACUUGAUUUCUUGCAGAGAGUCUGCGAUCUCCGUACUUGUGGCUCCAGCACCUCACCACGGCGCAGAAUGAUGGAGCACGAGGACUUCACCAGCUUGGCUGGGUACUGGAAUUCAUCUGACAGUUACCAGUUCAGCCCUGCUAGUGUCAUUGUCCCUGUGGUCUUCUCCCUCAUCUUCCUCCUGGGCACAGUUGGCAACAGCCUGGUGCUGGCAGUGCUGCUGCGCAAUAGGCAAAUGGGCCACAACACUACCAACCUCUUCAUCCUCAACCUCAGCCUGGCUGACUUCUUCUUCAUUGUCUUCUGCGUGCCUUUCCAGGCCACCAUCUACUCCCUUGAGGGCUGGGUCUUCGGCUCCUUCAUCUGCAAGGCUGUCCACUUUUUCAUCUACCUCACCAUGUAUGCCAGCAGCUUCACACUGGCUGCCGUCUCUGUGGACAGGUACCUGGCCAUCCGCUAUCCGCUGCGCUCCCGGGAGCUGCGAACUCCCUACAACGCGGUGGCUGCCAUGGCUGUGAUCUGGGGUCUCUCCGUGGUCUUUGCUGGGCCCUACCUGAGCUAUUAUGACCUGAUUGAGUGGGAGUCCAGCUACAUCUGCAUGCCUGGCUGGGAGGAGUGGAGACGCAAGGUCAUGGACACCAGCACAUUUGCCUUUGGCUAUGUCAUCCCAGUUCUGGUCAUCAGCCUCUCCUACACCAGGACCAUCAAGUACCUGUGGACAGCAGUGGAACCCCUGGAGGACAUGUCAGAGUCCAAGAAGGCCAAGAGGAAGGUAACUAAAAUGAUCAUCAUCGUAACCAUCCUUUUCUGCCUAUGCUGGCUACCCUACCACGUAGUCAUCCUCCGAUACCUCUAUGGAGAUUUCCCUUUCAACCAGGCCACCUACGCCUUCCGCCUGCUUUCCCACUGCAUGGCCUAUGCCAACUCCUGCCUCAACCCCAUCGUCUAUGCCUUGGUCUCCAAGCAUUUCCGUAAGGGCUUCAAAAAAGUCUUCAGCUGUCUCCUGAGGAAAAAGCACCGCAACAAGGUGCACGUGUUACACGCUGCUCACGUUGCUCCUGGCUUUGAGGCAGGCUCCACUGAAGUGUCCCAUGUGCAUGAGGAAAAUAACAGGUGUGAGCUGAACCCGGACUCCCUGGCAGUUCCCUCUGGUUCUUCCAAGCACCUUCAUGUUUCUUAGUAGCUCCACAUCAUCUGCCAGCCCAGCUGCACCAUCUGCCUCAGGCUACCCCCUCCCAUUGAAUGAGACAGGAUGCUAGGAAAGGCAAGUCAGAAACUUUGCUAUAUCCUGCUUCUGGCCUUGCUGUUCCUCUUCUUUCUGGGUACCAGUUGUUCUCCUAAGCCAUCUCCCCACAACAUCCUGUGUGCAAGGGAAGGAAUGGGCCCACACUUUCUCCUGAUCCACAGCCCACCUGGAGUUCAAGGACUGAUGCUCCAGCUCCUCUGUUGACUCUCAUCGUUCUAAGUCCUCUGCUUAGUAGCCUCACUACACUGGACACGUUUGUUGUCACGUGGUCCUGUAUUGCUUGCCUCCCGUUGUUUGAUUUGGCCAAAGUGUUUCCCAUGGAGUGGCAAGGGAGACAGGCAGCAUGAGCAGGCCCAGGUGAGCAAAGGUGGGACAGAGAGCAACCAGCAUUGCCCAUGGAUGGUUACAGUGAUGGCUUUUGCACUGGCUGUGCUGUUCUCCCAGUGGCCAAGUCCUUCCCUGGGGUGUGGGCUGUGGGCUGUCUGUAUGUGUGUGAUGUUGCUGAUGUAAAUACUAGGGAGAUGUUUUUCUGAUUCAGAGUAAAUAAAUGCACUUCCCUAAUCCAGGCAAUAGUGGGGUCUGUGAUUGUCAUCUAGGAUUGGAAUGGACUAUCCAUAGCUCAGUGUGACCUUUUUCUUAACUGGUAUAAAUCGGAGUACUACAAAAAUUUCCAACCAAGCAAUUUCUGCAGAGCCAAACCCUGCCUCGUGUCCCCACUCCCACACCACAGCCAUGUUUACUGACAUGAUCACUGGGCCUCUCUGCUCAUCCUCAGACCACACCUAGGCAGGAGGAGGUUCAGAGGAAGGCUCUUUGGAUGGGCUUUGUCCUGGGUUUGCCAAGAGGCCACCAUCAUCAUCUUGCUCCAUCAACAUAUAGUCGCACACACUCCCUCACCUCAAGCCAUUAAACUCCCAGCCUGGGAAACCACACAUGCAAAGAGUCACUGCCCAGAGAUGUACAGGCUUUCCCUUACCCCGUCUGCACAUCCAUCUGUGUCAGAUCAGUCACUCCACAACACAGCUGAUAUUUUUCUCAGAAGAUAACCAACCUCCACCAGCCACAGCUCAGAAUCUACCAUCAACAUAACAUGAUGGCUUUGCCCGGCCCUCACUCUUUGGAUGCCCUGUGAGCUGGCAAGCAGCCAGUGGGCAGGGUGAGCUGGGUAGUUCAGUUGUGGUUUGUCCUUCCUGCAUAGCUGAGUCUUUGCAAAGGGGAUGUGGGAAGCUCUCUCUCCGCAGUGCAGCAGAUGAUCGUCUUCAGGGCAUGCUGAAUGCCAUCUCAGGAUCCCAACAUACAAUCCUGCAGCUUCAGGGAGGAAAACUCUCAUCUCCUUUUCUGACGCCGAUUAGAUGUAAGUAGAUGCCUUCCUGCUGUUACUAAAUUACUGGAGAUGGAGAAAGCCUCUCCAGCUGAGUUUGAUCUGAAAAACAGAUCUGAGAAAACCUGCAAACACAACAAACUCCCACACCAGAGACUUGCACUGAAGACGGAAUAAUUUACCAUUCCCCCCUUGCUGUGCUCAGUACAGUCCAGCCAACUCUCACCACUAACUCAGGGGCUCUCUUGCCUUUCCAACAUGACUGCAGUCUUGCAGAGCUGGACAAACACAGGAGCAAUGUAUACCUUCCUUCCAGUUCUAGGACUGGAACCUGUAUGGAGCAAAACAUGACUGGGCCUCCAAACCAGCUCGCUGCAUUCUCAGUCCCACUGGCAAAGCCCUGCUACUUGUCCAGCGCUGCUACCAGUUCCACUGCAGGUCAACUUGAAAAUGCCAGCACUGUAGGAACCCAGAGCAGGAGUGGUGGUUCCUGUCCCAAAGACUCUUCACUCCAACCAGAGCUGGGCAGCAAGAAUUCAAGGGGAGCCUCUCUGCAGGGCUGCAGUUGCUGGCUGGCUGAGCAAGGCUUCCAGGGCAGCAGCUUGCCCAGCAGGUGCUGAGCACUUCCAUCAGUGAAGCACCCCUCUGGUGAAUCCUCAUCCUGAUUCCUAAGCAAGCUUAUUAGAUACAGAUCCUGGAUCCCUACACCCAAUUGCCUUAUUCUGUCCUCUCUAAAGAAUAUAUUUCUCUUCAGUCCUUCCCGCUUCUCCAGCACCAGGGCAACUUUUCUUCAUUCACAAGAGUUGGACUUAACAAGCUGGAGAGCAAUUUCCAGCCUGUUUGAAACCAAUAAUAGACUCUCCAGAUUUACUCUUGGCUGCUGGAGUAAAUUCAGCUAAUGGUGAUUGCCAUAAACAAACUGCUUAUUGGUUUGGUUCCUGCCAUGGAAAGAACCCCCUGGUGCCUCUGCUAGGCAGCUGAAACAAAUGACAGAGAGCUCUCUCCAGCCGAGAAAUACACAGAGAGCACUCAUAAAACAACAGAAGAACAGUAGCUACUCCAAGGUUUAUAUUUCCCACCUCUGGCUGUCAUGCCACCCCUGGGUGCAUGAACAGCACCAGACAGCUCAGGAACAAAGCAGGCAGAGGAAACCCUUGGCUCGGGAGAAGGGGAAUCAUCCGGCCUGGUUCUUUACUCCCUCUGUGCCCUUGCUAACAACACAGGACUUUUUUCUUUAUUCCUUUUUUCAUUUUCAUUUUGAGCAACUCUGUCCUUCCAGUCUGGCCAAUGGUAAAGGUCUUUGUCAGGAGAUGAUUUUUCUUGGGGGCUCCUGAUAGGCUUUUUGCGUGGUAUUACCUUGUGGUGCCUGCACCAAAGACCAGCGUAACUCAUGCAGAGUGAGCACCCUCUCCUUUGGCUGAUGACCAAGGAUUGCUGUUUCCAUUUCAGGUCAUGAACAUGUAUGAGUUUUUCAGAAGACAGCUCCCAUCCUUCAUUAGUAUUGGCAAAGUCCCUCUAUCGGUUCUGCAGAUAACCACACAGCCUCCAGCUGCCCCAUCCUAACGGGAAACACUUUCUUUGCCUCACUUUCAUCAAUAAGGAAUUCAGGUUUGAUCUUCUUCUGCUUGAAUCAAAUUGAUAGGAAAGAUCUUUAGCAACAUUACUGCUAGGGCUUUCUCAUCAGCAGCCUUCUUCUGGGGAAAAAUAAUUGUCUGUGCAGAAGCCACUAGACAAGAACUAAUCAAGCUGUGGCACAUUUAUCAUUGCUCAUUAGCCCUGCUGGAAAGCUCCUGGCAUGCUCAGACCAGCAGAAAUCUAAACCUAAAGUAAUUGUGUUGUUUAUGUUUUUGUUUUGUUUUUCCCACCAAAAGAAGCCCAAAGAUUUGAACAAUAUUAAGUUUCCCCACAAAAUUUACAUGGUUUGUUUUGCAGAAGAUAGAUACCUUCCUGCCUCCCCCAAACAGAAGCUAGCAGAAAACCUCUACUCCCCAUGCAGCUCUCAGCUCAGCUACAGAGUGAUGUAGGAAAGAGUCAUUGCUCUUAGGAGAAAACUGAGAUCCAGAAAUGCCAUGUUACCUAUUGCAUAAAAACCUCUGCUGCCAGAUGCAGCAGUCAGAAAAAGCCACCAGCAGGGGUUUCAAAAGCUCAGUGUAUCUAGGCUGGGCUCUCCUCCAGGGACUGCUGGCAAGCUCCUGCUCAGUCAUCUCAGGAAGCCAAAGGCAGCACCUUCCCAUCUUACAUGACUUCCUGACACAGGUGGUGAGAGAACCAACUAGGGAAAGUGCCAAGGAAGGUAACUGAAUAGAAUAUCUUGAGUACUGUCACACAGCACGUACAGGACAACCAGGUAAUCAGCAUGGGUUUGUCAAAGGUAGAUCCUGCCAAACUGAUCUCCUUCUGUGAUACAAUGACAUGCUUUGGGGACAAAGGAAAGGUUGUACGUGUUGCUUACCUGGACUUCAGCAAAGCACUUGGUAUUGUUUCCCACAGCUUUCUCCUGCAGAAACAGGCUGCUCAUGGAUUGAACAGAUCUACUGUUUGCUGGGUAAAGAACUGGCUGCAUGGGCAGUUCCAAAGGGUCGCUGUGAAUGAAGUUAAAUCCAGUUGGUGGCUGGUGCAAAGCAACAUUCCCCAGGGCUCAGUACUGGGGCCAAUUUCAUGAUUUUUGUCAAUGAUCUCAAUGGGGUAAUCAAGUACAUCCUCAGCAAGUUUGCAGAUAACACCAAGCUGGGCAGGAGUGUUGAUGUGCUUGAGGGUAGGAAGGGUCUGCAGAGGGAUCUGGAUAAGCUGGGUCAAUGGGCUGUGUCUUGAAUCCAUGGCAUUCAAGAAGGUUAAAUGCUGGGUGCUGCACAACAACGCCUUGCAGCAAUAUGGAUUUGGAAGAGUAGCUGCAAAGUUACCAAGCAGAAAAAGACCUGGGGCUGUUGGUAGGCAGCUGGCUGAAAAUUAGCCAGCAGUGUGCCCAGGUAGCCAAGAAAGCCAGCAGCAUCUUGGCUUAUAUCAGAAAUAUUGUGGCCAGCAGGAGGAGGGAGGUGAGUGAGCGGAAUAAGUGGCAGUAAGGCUGAAGUGAGAGAGAGCCUGGUGGCCAGCAGAGCACUCAGAGCCUGGUGCCAUGGGCAGCAGUUCCUGACAUGCACUGAGUCCUGCUGUGCACGUGGUCUGGAAGCAGCAGAAGGGGCUGAAAACAGCCCUGCACCCCAGCACUGGUGAUGGCAGUGAGCUGGGAGGGCAGGAGGCCACCGUGAGAAGCAGAUGUACACACUCAGGCUUGAUGUCCUUCCACAUCAGCUGCUAUAAUAAUAAAUAAAGCAAUUGUGUUUACUGCAAACUGGGCUGAGCCAGAGCACCUGAAAUCUGUUAUUAAAGAGAAGUAGUUAAGACCUACUUCCCACAUGAGCCAGCACAGGCCAUCCCUUGGUGUUUGGCUUGGGGGAACAGCAGACCCAGUUUCCCACGUCCCCUGUUCACACAGCUCUCAGGAAGCUCUGGAAAUGUCAGAAAGAACUGUUCCACGUCCCUUGGGUGCAUGAGAAGCAUAGAUCUGCUGUCUUGCUAACAGAAGUCACCUAAGCAAUUUUGCCCAAACACAAAGAUUUUCAUCAGGGCUGAAAACCCACAGGUGUUCUGUAGCUAUCAUCUAUAGCUCCUGCUACAAAGGCUCAGUGCUGGACAGACAGAUGGCUUUGUACCUCCAGAAUGCCUGCCAUUCCCCUUUUCUUGCUAAACCUUCCCUCCUUCACACACUCCUGGAGAAAAUCAGCUGCUUUAACUCCUCUGUGCAGGGGAAGGUACAGUCAAAUGGGGGACCUGUCUCAGCACAGAGAGAGAGGGGAAUCUGGUGAGCACAUUACUGCUGGGAUUGCUGCUACAGCUUGCCUUCUGCCUUUUUGCUGCAGAACAGAUGAAUUCAAGACCCACGUACUGAGAAACUGCAGUCAGGCAAGCCCUGUAAUUAGGAGACUUGACUGCUAGUCACCAGGCACUUAUUAACUCAGCAAUUAGAAACAAAUCAGACAAAGACUCAGAAGGAGGAAUGGGUUCUUUCCUUCACUGCAUGUCUCACCUGGCUCUCUUGCUGUGUAGCUACCUGCAAGCAUAAGAAC